GAGUUUGGGUCGAGAAUGGCAGAGACUGCAGCUGAGACCGCUCCGGCCCCUCCCCCGGCUGAAGCCGCCAAGAAGGCGGCAGCGGGAGGCGCCAAAGCCAAGAAACCCUCCGGGCCCAGCGCGGCCGAGCUCAUCGCGAAAGCCGUGUCCGCCUCUAAGGAGCGCAGCGGGGUGUCCCUGGCCGCUCUCAAGAAGGCUCUGGCUGCCGGAGGCUACGAUGUGGAGAGGAACAACAGCCGCCUCAAGCUGGCUCUCAAGGCCUUGGUCACUAAGGGGACUCUCACCCAAGUCAAGGGGAGCGGAGCCUCCGGAUCCUUCAAGCUGAACAAGAAGCCGUUGGAGAGUAAGGAGAAGGCGGCCAAGAAGAAGCCAGCGGCGCCCAAAGCCAAGAAACCAGCGGCGGCGGCAAAGAAGGCGCCCAAGUCCCCUAAAAAGCCCAAGAAGGUCUCGGCAGCAGCAAAGAGCCCCAAGAAGGUGAAGAAACCGGCAAAGGCUGCCAAGCCCAAAGCUGCCAAGAGCCCGGCUAAAAAGGCCGCCAAGCCCAAAGCUGCCAAGAGCCCGGCUAAGCCCACCAAGCCUAAGGCUACAAAGAGCCCCGCCAAGGCAGCCAAACCCAAAGCGGCUAAAGCAAAGAAGGCCGCUCCUAAGAAGUAAUAUGGCCCCGGGGCCCCAGCGCAUUGCACCAAAGGCUCUUUUCAGAGCCCCC